AUGACCUCGCUCCACCAUCUCUACCCAAAGCACCGGUCCAAGGCUUCGUCCCGCCUGCAUAGACGCCGAUACUCGCCUCAAUCCUUUGUCUACACUUGCCGACUCGUUCACCAGGCUGCCGACCAGUGCCACUACAUCACGAAACACUGUCCCGCCGAAGACCCGGGCUUCUACUCGUACCUCUCCCUCUUCUACUGCACCAUGCCUCACGCCAAACCCGUCGCCUUCCUCAUUCUGGUUUCCUGGCUCGGUCUCCUCUUCAGUACUAUUGGAAUCGCCGCUAGCGACUUCUUCUGCAUCAACCUAAGCACAAUUGCGACAAUCCUGGGAAUGAGCGAGAGCAUGGCUGGUGUUACGUUUCUGGCCUUUGGAAACGGCAGCCCCGAUGUCUUUUCCACCUUCGCCGCCUUCAGUACGAACAGCAGCAGUCUAGCCAUUGGAGAAUUGUUCGGCGCCGCUGGCUUCAUCACUGCCGUCGUCGCUGGCUCCAUGGCUCUGGUUAGACCGUUUAGAGUGGCCAGGAAAGCCUUUGUUCGCGAUGUCGGCUUCUUCACCGUCGCCGCGGCUUUCAGUCUGUCUUUCCUGUGGGACGGAAGGCUACAUUUGUGGGAGUGCAUCACCAUGGUCCUCUUUUACGUCUUCUACGUUGCCUUUGUUGUUGUCUGGCACUGGUGGAUGGGCGUUAGAAAACGCCGUCGCGAGAGGGACGCUGCUGUACGAGGUCAUUUUGUCGUUCCUGGGAGUGAGGAAAUCGAUGCUGAAGAGAACUAUCGCGACGCAGACGAUGAGGAAUCUACUACUCGCCCUUCCUUCUCGCGUGGCCCCUCGGUCGAUGACUUUUCUAUACUCGAGAGGGGUGGAACGCCUACCAUCGUUGAGCCUUACGGAGACGAUGAUGAUGAUGAGGCUAGGGAUCGAUGGCUCGGCGAGCUCAAGAGCAACAUGCGCUUGACAAGACCUGGUCCUGGCUCGAGACGCAACACACUAACCCCUAUCCGACCCAGUCUCGUGGGCGCUUUGGAGUUUCAAGCUGUUCUCAAAUCCUUGCAGAAAGCCAGGUCUCACCAAACCAUUCCCAUGCAUACCCGGCGCUACUCGGACGACCCGACCUUCACCACUGCUCAGCAGCAGGGUGAAUUGUCUGGAGAGGCUGACCCAGCGUCGCGGCCUCCUUUUCAUCCGACGACAGAAGGCACCUCUCCAGCCCUUGAACGACCAUCCCUUGAUGUAUUCAAGAAUACAUCUGGACGCACACGUGCCGUCUCAGCGAAUGAUGCUGCACACCUGCGUAUCGAUCCUCGCUUUGUUCAAAAACACACUCCCAGCAUGAUGGACAUUGUCGAAGAUGAAGGCAACAAUCUCCAACCGCCUUCUAUCCGACCAGCAUCGUUCCGCAGUAUGCCAUCUGGUGCAUCCGACCGACCGCAAACCCCCGAAGUUACAGUCUCUGACUUUGAUGGUCAGCUCGCGAAUCCAUGGGAAGCGCCUGACUUUGCCGAAAAUACCACAUCAGAGCAUUCUCGCGCGCCUUCGACAAGUUCAAUCAGUGUGCCCGCUAUUGAUGUUUCCGAGGAGGCUGAGAUAUCACCACGCAAACGGUCCCGUCAUAGCAGUCCCAGCCAUUCGCCUCGUACUUUUGGCAAGGAUCUAUACAACCUCAAGAUUCCCGCUAGCAACCAGGUCUCGCCAAAUUGUUCUGCGCCAUCAUCACCCUUUCCAACAUACCAUGAGCCAACUUCCGCGAGCAGCAGCCGGGCGCCUAGCCUGUAUCUCCCUCCUGCAAGCGUUUCUGUUGCCUCGUAUCCUUUGACACAUAUUGAUAGUGAGCAAGACGAGAAGCCGCUACGCUGGUGGCCCUACAAGAUUCUCCCGCCUCCUCUCGUGCUCUUGUACAGACUCUUUCCUACGAUUGAACAUUGGCGAGACAAGAACUGGUGGGAGAGAAUCUUGGCCAUCAUUGCAGCUCCGAGCAUGAUUCUAUUGAUCGUGACUCUGCCUGUGGUAGAAUCAGAUCGGGAAGAGGCAGAGGAGGAGAUUGACAUAAUCAAUCCUUUAGGGUCGAGGCCUCCGAGCAUCCCACCUCUGGACGCCGAGAGUCAGCAUUCGCAUCUUACUGACUAUGCUCACCCCUCUGCUGGUGCAGGAGCAGGAAGUGCUGCAGUGGCCACCCAUAUCGAACGAGAUUACCUGUUGGUUCCUGGCGAACGCGAGCCUCUUCUGUCAGCCGCUGCAAGUACCGCUCUGCCGUCUCCAAACCUCCCGACCACCAAGCUACAACCCCAGUACUGGAACCGAUGGCUUACUAUCGUUCAGUUGUUCUUAGCUCCUUUGUUGAUUGUUGUGGUGAUCUACACUCAAUAUGUCGACGAUACUGAUAGUAUACGACCCCUAAUUCGACCGAUGCUGAUAUCUUUGCUUGUGUCGGUCGUUCUUCUUAUCCCUCUACUUCUCACCACGACACCAACUCAUAGACCGAAGCCGUACAACACUAUCCUCUCCAUGGCUGGCUUUGUGGUCUCGAUAGCCUGGAUCUCAACGAUUGCGGCGCAGGUAGUCGCUGUUCUGAAAGCGCUUGCUAUCAUCAUGAACAUGUCGCAUGCAAUCAUGGGCCUCACCAUCUUUGCUGUUGGCAAUUCAUUGGGAGACCUUGUCGCAGACAUCACCGUAGCAAGACUAGGAUAUCCAAUCAUGGCUCUUAGUGCGUGCCUGGGCGGUCCCAUGCUUAAUAUCCUCUUGGGCAUUGGUCUUUCUGGUUCUUGGAUCUUGAUCCGUGGAGCGGAACACAGGCACGCAAAGCACCCAGGGAAACCAAUCCACUACCGCACUUACGAGAUCGAAGUCGGGCAGACCUUGAUCGUCAGUGGUGUUACGUUGCUCGUUACCCUGAUUGGGCUUCUUAUCGCUGUGCCCAUGAAUAAAUGGAUCUUGAGCAGAAAGAUUGGAUGGACACUCAUUGGUGUGUGGUGUGUCAGUACCACUGUCAAUGUCGUUCUAGAAGUCUUGGGAAUUGGCGAAUCAGGGGGCGAGGAAAAGAAGUCGAUGAGCCUGAGUUACUGA